AUGAACGCGCCUCCAGCCUUCGAGUCGUUUCUUUUGUUUGAAGGAGAGAAAAAGAUCAGCAUCACCAAAGACACUAAAGUCCCAAACGCCUGUUUGUUCACCCUGAACAAGGAGGACCACACUCUGGGAAACAUCAUCCGAGCGUAAGAGGCUAACAAUGCUAACAGGCUAACGAGGAGACAGUAAAUACUGUCGGCUUAUAGGGUCUAUGCAUCAUUACUCAUGUAGCUUUUAAGAGACGCUUUUUUAAAUUUAAAGGUUGAUUAAGUUUCCCUCCCGACACGAUUUCAUGCUAUUAUACAGGAGCAAAAUGUAGUGCAUUUCAAUAUUGCAGUAAACCAGUACAAACGGGUCUCUGGUGAAUGAGAUUUCUGCAGUCUAGAUACAGUCCAGAGUUUCUUCACAUGGACUAAAAAUGUACCGAAAAAGUCACACAAAAAAAGAUCUUUCUUGGUUGAGAAAUACUCUAGUUCAGUCACACACAAAGUAAAAUAUUUGAAAGCUGUUAAUUUGCUUGAAUCUUGAUCAUUAUGGCUUAAAUUUGAUUGAAAAUCAAAAAUCCACUGUAUGGAAUGAAUUAGAGUAUUGUUGAAAAGUACAGUUUGUUGUCAGAUCUUUCAGUCCUGAAAGGUGCUUGACUCGGGUGAUAAACUAUAAACACCUGCAAAGGUUUACUGAGCCUUUAUUAUUUCAUUCUGGUACAGUGUUAAUGUGUAUGUUUGUGUUUUGUAUGUCAGUCAGCUAUUGAAGGAUCCUCAGGUGCUGUUUGCAGGAUACAAGGUUCCUCAUCCUCUUGAACACAAGAUCGUCAUCAGAGUGCAGACCACACCUGACUACAGUCCUCAGGUAACACACAAACACACCUGACUACAGCUCACAGGUAACACACAAUGAACCUGAUUACAGCUCACAGGUAACACACAAACAAACUAGACUACAGUUCACAGGUAACACACAAACACACCUGACAACAGUCCUUUAGAUAACACACAAACACAACUGACUACAGCUCACAGGUAUCAUGCAAAUACACUUGACUACAGCUCACAGGUAUCAUGCAAAUACACUUGACUACAGCUCACAGGUAACACUCAAACACAGCUGACUACAGCCGACAGGUAACACACCAACACACCUGACUACAGCUCACAGGUAACAUAUAAACACACCUGACUGCAGCUCACGGGUAACACUCAAACACAGCUGACUACAGCCCACAGGUAACACACAAAUACACCGGACUACAGUUCACAGGUAUCACGCAAACCCACCUGACUACAGCUCACAGGUAACAUAUAAACACACCUGACUAAAGCCCACAGGUAACACACAAACACACCGGACUACAGCUCACAGGUAACACACAAACACAACUGACUACAGUCCCUAGGUAACACGCAAACACACCUGACUAUAGCCCACUGGUGAUCCUCAAACACACCUCGCUGACAGUCCACAGGUAGCACAAAAACACACCCAAAUGCAGCCCAAAGGUAACACACAAAUACACCUCACUACAGCUCACAUGUAGCACACAAACACACCUGAACAUUCAUGAUAUCAUGUCCCUAAUGAUGCGAUUUGUUGACAGGAAGCAUUUACGAAUGCCAUCACUGACCUCAUCAGCGAGUUGUCUCUGCUGGAGGAGCGCUUCAGAGUUGCCAUCAAGGACAAACAGGAAGGCAUUGAGUGA